UUGAGGAGGUGGUGCUGGGCGGCACAGCAGGGCGUGGCCAAAUCGCGGCGAUGGUCCCUCCCCGCCCUCAAGACACUCGUCAGCAGCUCUUUCAUUGCGCCUCCGUACCUCAUGAGCUGGAUAGAGGCAUCGCCCCACCUCACCCACGUCCACGUGACGCCCAUCAGCCUUCCCCUCCUCACCUCAUCCCUGUCGGCCGCCCCCUCUUUGGUCAACCUGACCUCACUGGGCUGCAUUCUUCUGGAGGCGACGAACGCCUCAUUCUGGGGGCCGCUGCUGAGUGUCCUGGAGGCCAAGGGGGCCGUCGGCCGCAACGGCCGCAUCCACACACUCAGCGUGUGUAUUGACGUGGAUGACAUGGAGCCAGAUGGCAUCCUCACCAGCCUGCGAGCCCUCGCCACGGCCAUUCGUCGGCUGGCUGGUGAGGGCAUAUGGGCUGCCGACAGUCAAGUGACGGCCAUCCCCGUCACAUCGUGGGAGGACCACAUCAUGGCCAAUGUGGUCAACCAGCGGGACCAUGGGGCGGACAGCACGGCAGCUCAGUCAUCUUCGAGCGCUGCAGCUGUGUGUGAGCCGUCGGUGGGCGGCGGGAGGAGGGCGCCUCUCUUCCCCAACAUGGUGCUCACAGAUGACCAUGACGACGAUGCGAGUGGCGAGAUGGCCGACAAGAAGCCCACCCAGCGGCCCUUCCAGCUGCUCGUCUGCACGCCCGACUCAUUUGACGAGAGGCUGCUGCGUCUCGACCUGAAGGCCUUCGACGUGCUGCCCAAGAAGAUCGUCCGCGAAAUGGCCCGAGUGGCCGAGUCCAUGAAGGUCAAGACGGUGUCGGUCGCGGCACCGGCGGCUGCCCGCGGAAGCUUCGGCGACUACGUGUUCGAGUCGCUGACUCAAUUGAUCAUCAAGGACUCUCUUCUCACCAAUGGCAUGCUGCCGUCGCUCCUAGCGACGCCGUGCAACCGCUUCCCGCGACUGCGGAUUGUCUUCAUCAUGACCCCGUCCAUCCACUUGGUUCGAGAGGGCGGGGUGAGGGAGCUGCUCGAGCCAGCCAAGGGACAGGUCGAGAAGAUCAUCGUCGCUCUCACGGAUUUCCCCAGCCGAUACGACACAAGCUACGGCACGGGCCAGCCGCCGCCAAGCGAGGCCGCACCCGGUCUCCUCGCACAGCUGGCCCUCGAAAGUCUUGACGUGACCGGCCAUGUGGACAAGGUGGUGUUGGACUUUAUGCCCGCACAGCCUAUCGGGGCAUUCCGGCCAGAGACAUGCCCCAUCAACCACCUCUUUGCGACGCCCGAACUCGCCGCCCGCCUCCCGCCCAUCAAGGCGCUGAUCAUUAGCACGCCCUACUGCGUCCACGACCGUUUCGGCAGUGUGCAGACGGACUUCAUCAUGACCGUCAUCAACAACACGUGCCGGCUGAUGACGGUCCAGUUCGGCGAAGAGGUGACUCAGCAUUUGGUCGUCGGGAGCCCGCACCUGCUGCGUCACUCGCCUGCCUAUUUGGCGUCUGCUGCUGUGGAUGAUGCGCUGACAUCGGCCGGGUCGCCAUUUGUGGUGGUCAGGACGGAUGACAACACACUCACAUUGGAGCGAUAGCUGGGAUGUGGCCGGAUGCAUGACUGGCCGACGGGUGGGGGAGGCGGAUCACUUUGCAUGACCUCGUCUCGUGCUGCUGCUGAUUGUACUAUCACAUGUGUGUCGUGUGUGUAGGUGUGCGCGCGCGUGUAGAUCCUGAGUGAGAUGCUGGAGGGGAGCGCGAUCUGCUGAGAUGUUGUCAUCGGCGACGAAUGGCAGCCGGCGCUGGGCAAUGUUCAUGAUGCGUGAUUCCUCAGCCGCAGCGCGCCUUUUCGGCAGCGGAGGAUGGCGAAUAUAGUCAAUGAAGACAUUCGGCAUCAGAUAAGUUGCACUGACACAUGUCUUUAACGGCACAUGCAUGACAUCAUUUG